AUGCGUUUACACACAGGCUCUCAGGCAUUAACUCUCUUACUAUUGGUGCACUCCGUCGACAAAGUUGUUGGACUGGACUUGGCUCAGUGUUUCACCGACAUCACGACGAAUGCAAAUAUUACCAAUAAUUUAGUUGGUCUGCUUGAUGGCAACGGUUAUCCCGUGUUGAAUAUUGCAGACGCGACAGCGAUCAGCUACUCGCUGUGCACCUCUGUCUGUGGGAAUACGCAGGAUUUCCAGUGGCCUGCACUUUCGCAAGAUUUCAGUUCGUGGCUACUGCCAUAUCUCGCAUUGAUUUCGCAGCUCCCCUUUGGGGCACAGUACAGGUCCGAUGAUGUCAUGUCUGCUAUCUUGACCGUCGGGUCACCAGUACUCGCUGGUUACUCUCUAUUCGUCACCCUCCUCAAUUCUCGCUGGAUCAAUCGCCGAUUUCGUCAAUCGGUGGCCUAUCCCAAUUCACAUUUCGCACUUUCUAUCGUCAGCAGCCUUCAGCAAGUCCCGCUAGAUCUGCAUACCGAUAAACUCACCUCUCUUGUUGUCCUUCCGGAAAACGACUGCUGGUGGAAAUAUUUAUCUCAGUUGACGGACCUCCCUCAUAAGUGGUCAGCUGCGUCCGCGACCUCCAUCGCCUGGGUCAUUAUUGCCUAUAUCCUGUCUAUAGCCAAUUCACCGUCAAAUGCUUUCACAAGCACUCAGGCCGACGGUGGAGCCACUAGUUCAAUGUGGCUAUGGUUGGUUCCAAUAUCCCCGAAAUGCGAUUUCAAUCGCUUACAAGCAGCUUAUGCUCGUGCCGACCAAUAUGCGCGUACAGGAAUGGCAGAUGUUCCUGCUGGAACCUCCACCCAAAGAGCUCUCACCAUAACUGCUCGGGAUGAUGAAGUGAUGUCUCCAGACGAACUCCUCACUCCUCCGGUGUUUAAUUACUCGCGUUCGCUGGCAUGGGCAAACACAGCAGAAACAAUGUUCCAGGUGUUCAAAGCGGCAUCAGAGAAGGCUCAAAAACAUCUUCCCGUCAAUAUAACCGACGGGGAUGGUGUGUGGGCCAGCGAGCCCAGCGAUUUAACAUCCUCUAUCCACCCCGACAAUCGAAGUGGGACCCCUGAUCAAAUCAGGGCAUAUUGUGCGAUACCUACGCAGCGCAGCCACUGGGUGCCUGGAGUGUUCACAAGAAUGGCUUUCGCGUCAUGUGUUGCGCUUGCGUUACAAUGGGGAACAAUCGGAGGAGCGAUUAUAAUAGAGUGGUUCACUCCUACGACAGCAGGGCAUGGGGUGUCGAUCUCUGAGUUACUUCAUUUAUGGAGGCGUAUCGACUAUCAUUUGGAUGAUGCUCCUGAGCUCCAGUAUUCUCGCGCACUAUUCUGCAGCUUAUUCCAAUCGAAAAACGAUCCGCCUCCACGAGAACCGCUAUCUGCACGUGUUUCCCUGGUACUCUCGCACUGCCUACGAAAGAUGGGCAAACUGCUGGCCAUUGCAAACUCUGGCUGGGUGAUCACGACGUGUAUUCUCCAGUAUUCCGACGUUUACGAUACGUGCUUCUGCAAUUCUAGUAUGAUCAGUAGGGGGGCUGCUGCAUACAUCACGAUCAUCGAAACCUCAGCCCAAGCUGCACUAGCCAAGAAUGCCUGGAUCGGUGCCCUCUUCCUAGUGUUUAUCUCAGCGUCAGCUUUCGUCUCCACUGUGGGUCUUUUGGUGGAUACUAUUCCGGCAGAACCAUCGUUGUAA